AUGUCAACACACCCAUUUCACCAUGUCAACCGUUCAGAGUUUCACAUUCUUCUAACCCCUUUGUUCACCAACUCCAUGGAGUCUACACUUGACAUAGCCUUACUGGCAAUACGAAGCACGCGCAAAUUCGAUCAGGACUGGAAACUAUUGCUUCCUAAAGUGACGACGCGAAUUUGCAACAUCAACGCGAAGUCCCCCGCCACCACCACUCCCGAUGAUAUAACAAAACAAAUUGAAGUUGCCAAACAAAGAAUCUCAAACCGUUUACUGCAGUUCCCAGUGGAGCCACCGUUCACCAUCGUUCGAUUGGCAGAGUUGUUGCUUGCCCCAGAGGAGUUUGGGUAUCCUCUUACGACCCCUCAACACGUACUAAAGUAUUUUAACGCGUUGUCAAGAUUAGUUUGUGUAUCAUCCACGGUACUUGAUUUCCCACAACCCACCUUCCACGACCCUAAACUGGAGUCCAGCAAGACUUCCACUGUCACGGUGCCUACAAUAAAAAUGCCAGCAGGCCCAGGAACAUCCAUGAUGGCAGAAGAGGUCACGGUGCAAAUGGUGGAGAUUCCCUGGCUUCAAAAGAAAGCUCCACCAGCUUCUCCACAAACUCAAUUACCACCGACUUCUCCACUCCGUUCACCAAUGCGAAGACGCCGAGAGUCAAAGAGAAAGGAAACCGAGGAGCCCACAAAACGUGCGAAGACAAGUGAUCUGUUCUCGGAAGAUGACCACAUGGAUAUCUCCAACACAACUUUGGAGGACGAUGAACAAAAAGAUCGUAUGGAUAUUAGCACCGAGAACAUUUUGGAGGAAUCUGAGCGCAGUGAGGUUUGUACACCAGGUUGAAUGAUAACUAAUACGUAUAUUGUUUUGUUUUGUUGUUGAUUCUUGGGGAAUGUCUUUCCCACUUCGGAUCCAUCCAUCAACUCUUAGCCGCAAAAGUCCCUAGUUUCUUUUUUUUUGCACGUUAGUCUAAGGCGUUCUAUCCCUGAAUCCAACCAAUUGUCCACUAAUAAUACUUUAAAAGGACAUCUACCGUUGAAUAUCGGACAAUGAUCAACAAUCAGGAGUUACCUGCCCUCCUGGGACCCCGUCGACUGGUCCCGGAACAAUAGGAGUAUCCCAUACGGAGGCCUAUAACCGGUAAUACACCUCUACAAAGGAGCUUUACCUGGUACAUCAUGCAUUCUGUAGAUACAUAUUUAACAAUUACAAUCCUAUGUGGAUUUAAAUAACACACCACUGUACAUUCUUUUUUGUAUUUAUUCUCAGAGACAGCU